UGGGCCAGGCUUUUGUUGGAUUAUGCAAUGCGAACGAUGGUGAAAAUAUGCAAAAGCCAUUGUCAUCGCCAUCAUCGUUGUCAUACGUCAAUGAAUCAUUAUUAACGGAAGCACCGAUUUGGUCGCAAUUUCUCGAAGAUUAUGUCUUGAGCCAAAGCAGCAGUCAACGGACCUCUAAAGAUUUACCCUAUAUGGGCAACGAUAUGAUGGGCGGAGGACCCAUCAAUUAUCAUUCGUCCGCCUAUAAGAGACCUGGUAAUAAUAUUUAUAUUACACGACGCAUAGGUGAGGCUGUGGAAUUGGAGCCACAUUUACGUAAACCAGUAGAAAGUCCAAUUGUCAAUCCACAAUUUCGACCCAUGACCAAUCAAAUGUUGCACCAGCAGCAGCAGCAACAUCAGCAGCAACAACAGUUGCAACAACGUCAGCAACCUGGAUUUCUGCAGCAAUUAUUUGGUUUUGGUGGCGGUAGUUCUAGCUCUAGUAAUUCCCCACAAUCCCAAUCCCAUUUGCGCCCUGUGCCCCUGCAACAGCAACAGCAACAACAACAACAACAGUUGCAGCCUCCAUCGCAUCCCCACACAUCAGGCGGAGGUGCUCAACCGACAACAUUUCGAGCUGUUUCCGAGAAUGAUUUAUACCUACUUGGAGCCAUCGAAAAGCUGGUCUAUCGUGUUGAUUAUUUGGAAAGUCGUGUACGUCGAACGGAGCAAUUGAUCUAUUACUUGAUGGCGGGCAACAAUCAGAAGGAAGUCAAGGAUCCAUGUCCUACAAAUUUCACAAGGAUUAGUGACAAUUGUUAUUACAUCAACAGUCAUCAGCAGGUCAACUGGAAGACAGCGAAUACGGCUUGCAAAGCACUCAAUGCCCAUUUGGCCGAAUUCGAGAAGGUAUCGGAGAAUGAGGAGAUUAUGGCCUAUUUGCUAAAUCAACCGGCUCAUAGGGGACGGGAUUAUUGGUUGGGCGGCCUGAAUCCUGGUCUCCUGUGGAUAUGGUCGAAUUCGGCUAAGCCAGUGAAUCCCAAUACAAAUCUCACAUCGAUAGCCAUGUCACAGAAGGAGAAGGGUGACAAUGCCACAGCAACCAAUCUGGUGGACAGUGACGACGAGGAGCAUAAGGAGGAAGAGACGGGCGAUAUACUCAACAAUACGGUACAGAUUGAGGGCAAGGGUCGCUGCCUCCGCCUGUCCUACAAUGCUGGCAAGCAUAGCUACGCCUACUAUGGACAGGAAUGCACCUCGCGACACUAUUAUAUAUGUGAGCAUGAGGACAAGACUCUGGACAAUAAGAUCAAGAAAAUAACUCGAGAGCUAAAGCUGUUCGAGUAGGGUAUGCCAUGUGAUAGAUCGGCAGAAAUCCUAUAUAAACAUAAACAUUUAGCCAUAUUACGUAAA